AUGUCGGUAACUUACGAGAGCGACACUGCAAGUGAUGAGCGUCCAUCCUCUCACUCUCACUCCAAAAUUCAAGCAACAUUUCAAAUUGCCCGUCCACCACCAAAGUCUUCACUCCGCAUCGCACCAAAACUCCUUCUUCAAAUCCAACAAUUAGCCCCAAACCACCGACCAGUUCCAGUUCUAGAAAUCUGGCAACCUCCAUUCCGAAAAUCAAAAUUGACCCGGGACUUUCCGCAAAGGCCGAAGCUCCGUUCUGGCGAUAUCUACGCUAGUACCAAUGAGCCCUAUAUCUUAAACCCGAACGCAGUACGGAAAGAUUCAACUCGAUCUGAUUCCGACGAUGAUGCGCAGCAUAAGGAUAUCGUCGCGGCAAUGUGUCACACCCCACCUUCAAAUUGUGGAUCAGGAUCCGAGGAAGGAUCUUCACAUAUCUAUUUCCGGGAUUCACAAUGCAGCUGGACUGCUAGUGCGGGUACAAUUCGAGCAAAUAAGGAACCCUGUUAUCGGUUUAUGUUAAAGGAUGAUUCGGGGAGAAUGACGAUUCAGUGUGAGAAAAGGGAUACAGAGAAAGAAGGGGAGGAGGAAUUCAUCAUGUUUUUGAUUGAUCGCACUGCUAGGAGGAAGAGUCGUAUUGCGACUAUGUCUCCUGGGUGGAUGGAGAUUCUUGUACGGAAGGGUUCUAUUUUGGAGAGUUUACAGAUUUGUAUGGAGUUGACGGGACCUGUUGGGGCUCAGGAGUCUGGUUAUGCACUGGAGAAGUGGUUGUAUACCCAGGUUUUGACAUUGGGGACUUGGGUUGCGCAGCAAGAAGGGUGGCAUGGAUUGAAUCCAUGA